AUGCCCGAGCCCAUCACCACACCAAAGCCUACGGCCACCACGCCUGUGGCGCCCUCCAAGACCGCUGCUGCCUCCAGCUCCAGCUCCAGCUCCAUGGACGACGUCUUCCGUUCGCUCGGCCUCGCUGCCCCCGGCUCCCAGAUGGAGGGCGUCUUUGACGGCGAGUGGAAGCACGGCGCUGGCACCGACAUGCUCACCUCCACCAACCCCGCAACCGGCGCAAAGCUCGCAACCGUCUCUGCCGCCACUGCCGACCAGGUCAAGAACGUCAUCGCCGCCGCCCACAAGGCGCAGCGCCAGUUUGCCCGCGUGCCCGCCGCCACCCGCGGCGCCGUGAUGAAGGACAUCUGCGCAGCCUACAUCCACCACAAGGACGCCCUCGGGGCUCUCAUCUCCUACGAGAUGGGCAAGGUGCUCUCCGAGGGCAAGGGCGAGGUCCAGGAGGUCAUCGACGUCGCCGACAUGGCCGUCGGCCUCUCGCGCUCCAUCCAGGGAAGCGUCCUCCCCUCGGAGCGUCCCGGUCACCUCAUCUACGAGAUCCCCAACCCGCUCGGCCUCGUCGGCGUCAUCACCGCCUUCAACUUCCCCGUCGCCGUCCACGGCUGGAACUUCUGCCUCUCGUUUGUCUGCGGCAACGCCACCCUCUGGAAGCCCAGCCCCACCACGCCGCUCACCGCCAUCGCAACCACCAAGCUCAUCGUCGACGUCCUCAAGAAGCACAACCUCCCCACUGCACUCGCCGCGCUCGUCUGUGGCGAUGUCGAGACCGGUCAGACCCUCACCCGUGACGAGCGCAUCCAGCUCACCAGCUUCACCGGCUCCGAACACAUCGGCAAGCUCGUCGCACAGGACGUCGCCGCUCGCCUCGGCAAGAUCCUCCUCGAGCUCGGCGGCAACAACGCCGCCAUUGUGCUCGACGACGCAGACCUCGAGCUCGCCGUCCCCGCCGUCGCCUUUGCUGCUGUCGGCACCGCCGGCCAGCGAUGCACCACCACCCGCCGUCUCUUGCUGCAGCGCAACGUCGCAGACAAGUUCCUCGAGCGCCUCGUCAAGUUCUACACCUCGCUUCAAUCCAAGGGUCUCAUUGGCGACCCCACCGACUCGUCGGUGCUCUGCGGCCCGCUCCACUCGCAGCGUGCCGUCACAAAAUACUGGGAGACACUCGACACCAUCCGCUCCUCGGGCGGCAAGAUCCUCUUUGGUCCCGACUCGCCCUCCUCGCCCGGCCUCGCCUCGCACCUCGUCGAGAGCAAGGGCAACUACGUGCUUCCCGCCAUCACCAUGCCUGCAUCCAGCACCGACAAGGUCUUCCAGGAGGAAGUAUUUGCCCCCAUCCUCAACGUGGCUGUCUUUGACACGCUCGACGAGGCCAUCGAGCUCAACAACUCGGUGCGCCAGGGUCUGUCCAGCAGCCUCUUCACCACCAAGCUCACCAACAUUGGCGAGUGGCAGGGCGCCCUCGGCAGCGACUGCGGCAUUGUCAACGUCAAUGUCAGCACCUCGGGUGCAGAGGUCGGCGCCGGAUUCGGAGGCAACAAGGCGACUGGAUGGGGUAGGGAGUGCGGCGGCGACGCAUGGAAGCAGUACUGCCGCUGGGCCACCAGCACCGUCAACUACUCGUCCCAGGUCGCCCUCGCCCAGGGCGUCAAGUUUGAUGCGUAG